UUGGCUUAUAUUUGGGCAGCCAUUGGCGUUGAGACGGCAAUAGUAGAAUAUUGGACACAUCUGAAGUCCGAAAAGAGAUGGAGGGUAUGCUCAAGUGCUCUGCCAAUUACGUUCCUCUCACUCCAAUCAGCUUCCUGGAGCGCUCGGCGAUUGUUUACCGAGACCGUGUCUCCGUCGUCUAUGGUGAUGUCAAGUACACCUGGAGAGAGACCCACCAGAGAUGCAUCAAGCUCGCCUCUGCUCUCGCCCAGCUCGGAGUUUCCCGUGGCGAUGUGGUUGCUGCAUUGGCCCCUAAUAUUCCUGCUUUGUAUGAGCUACAUUUUGGUGUUCCAAUGGCUGGGGCAGUUCUUUGUACGCUCAAUGUACGCCACGAUUCAGCAAUGGUAUCUGCGUUACUGAGACAUUCAGAGGCCAAAUUCAUUUUUGUGGAUUACCAAUUUCUCCAAAUUGCACAGGGAGCCCUUGAAAUACUGUCCAAGAUGGGGACCAAGCCACCGCUUCUUGUCUUAGUCCAGGACUGUGAUCAACCAGCUCCCAUCUCCUCUUCUGGAAACUUGGAAUAUGAGAGUUUUUUAGCAAUGGGAAAACUAGACUUUGAGGUAUCCUCAAGUCGCGGAAAUUCGACAGUUGACCGGGUCUGUGAAAUUCCGGCCAGACAGACCCGUUACCGGAAAAGUCUCCGAAUUGGAUCGAAGUUUUGGCUAGCCCCCCAUUGUCAGACAUCCCGAGCGCGUCCCCGAAGUCGGAAUCGGCAAAGGUGAGCCGGGACAGCCUUCUUCCUCCGCCCAGCCGCCACAGUGAUUGUCGUCAAGUCUGUGAGUAAAAUAUUAAUUUUAAUUGUAAUUUCACUAUUAUUAUAUGUUCAAGCAUGCCCAUGCAUCACUUAUAUGCAUAUAUUUAUGUAGUUAAACUCUAGGCACAAUUUAUGUUGCAUUGAUAACUGUUGAAGUGCCAUGAUGUUGUUGUGGUAAUUUGGAGCAGUGUGCGUGCGUUGGUGUGCGUGUGAUGUGGUGUGGACUAUGGACAGGACGGGUAGUCACGGCUUGAGUUCUUCGCUGGGACCCGAUCCUUCGGGGGGUAGUCACGGCUUGAGUUCUUCGCUGGGACCCCCGAUUUGGUUUAUUAAGCGA